GGCCAAUCACUGUCGAGAAGCAGCUUCGAUUUUGUGGCAGCUGUGAUGCGAACCCGUGUCAACAGCACGGCGACGGCCGACGACCCGAUCGCCGCCCUUGAGGCACGCUUCGAAGCGCAGGCGCGCGCGAACGCUGCAGAGCUUCAGGGGCUUCGUGCUGCCCUUCGCCCCGUCGCCCCACCCGGCGAGGCGAGCCGGGCCAAGACAGCGCUCGAGCGCGAGAACGCCGAGCUCAAGGCGGAGCUUGCAGCGCUCAAACGCAAGCAUCACGAGCUCCAGACGAUGUUUCAAGAGCACCUUCGUGGCGUACAGCUCGCGGCGACAACCAUGACUACCAAGGUCCACCGCCUAUGUGGAUUGAACGGCGACGACGAAGCGGCCGCUCCCACCGUACAGGCCAUUGCGCCACCUGCGGUCAGCAAGCGUCCGAUAGCGACGCGUUCAAGCAACGGUUCAACGACAGAGCAGGCGACAGCCAAGCGCCCACGACGCCAGCGCAAAAGUGCGGUCGAAGACCCCGGCGAUCCACCCUCGGUCUCGCCGCCUGCCACCACCAUGAGCGACGUGGCGCGACUAAGAGCGGGCAUGGACUUGACGCCGCAGCUGGCCGAUCGUUUUCUCAAUAGACAGCUUCGAGGCCGUACGCAGAAUGGCAUUUGUGGCACGACCAAGCGGGCCUGCCGCAUGCUUCCUGCCUCGGUGCUCUCGUCGCUCAUGGGGUCGGGCGACCCACCGCCAUCGCCGGCGUCGUACCAGUACCUUCUCGAAGCCGAGAUCGUCGUGCUGCCUCUCUUUUAUGAGAAUCACUGGAGCGUCGUCAUCGUCUUUGGCCUCCAUAAGGCCGCGGACCAGCCCGCGGUGAUUGUAUUCUUCGACACGUUUGAUAGUCGGCUCGACGAGGCUGGGGUUCGAACCCACGUGGCCGACUUUCUCAUCGCAGUGCAUCGCAGCACCCGCUCUGGAGCCAAGACCACGCUCGAGUUGCACAACGACCAUGUCAAGGUGCCAUGCCAGGACAACCCGAAUGACAGCGGGCUCUGGAUGCUGCGCAACGUGGAGCGAGCGCUCCGCGCCUGCACCGACACGCGCAAGGUCUGCCCGCCUUCGUCGUUCCUGACCAACUUUUGGAACGUGGCGCUCGAACACCGGAUCCGCUUUGACGUCGACGGUGCGCAGGACACGGUCAAAGAUACGCGCCGAGCAAUGCUCGCGAUACUCUGACACUGUGGAUCUGCUUCGAUGAGUGACAAUAAUGAUCCUGAUGUUCGUCGUUUCGCGUUGCAUCGCCCGACAGGAUGCUAUCGUAAGCAGCUUAUAUCGAGUCGACACGGCCAUAGGCCGCUAGGGCAAGUGCACCUUGUCGAUUAUCAAAAAUAAAAUUUUGUGAAAAGCCU